AUGGCUUUCAUGUCCAGACUGUUACGGUCAUGGAGUAAUUCCAGAUCUCCCAGCAGAAAGGACUCUCCUGGACUAAAUGUUGCUGAACUUGAGCGUCUGCUGUACACUGGGAAAACCACCUGUAAUCAUGCAGAUGAAGUGUGGCCAAGACUCUACAUAGGUGAUCAAGAAAUUGCCUCAAACCGUAAAGAACUUGUCAAGCUUGGGAUCACACACAUCCUCAACUGUGCUAAAAAGAGCAAAUGGAGAGGUGGUGCAGAGUGUUACACUGGCAUGAACAUCACAUAUCACGGCAUUGAGGCCCACGACUUACCCUCUUUCGACAUGAGCAUCAACUUCUACCCAGCGGCCAAGUUCAUUCACAGAGCCCUUAGUUCUGGAGGAACGGUUCUUGUGCAUUGUGCUGUCGGGCUGAGCAGAUCUGCUACGUUGGUGCUGGCCUACCUCAUGAUUUGGCAGAACAUGACUUCAGUGGAGGCCAUCAAGACCGUGAAGGACCACCGUGGCUUCACACCGAACCGUGGUUUCCUACAUCAGCUCAGCGGUCUGGAUAGCAUACUCUGUACCAGCCGAAAUGUAACAUAAAGCCACCUUUAGCAUCUAAAUUUCAACCAUUUUGGCCCAGACCUUUACCUAAUGUGUUGGUAUUGCAGAAAAUGAGAGCAGAGCAUCUUUAGAUACAGUAAGUUUAUUCCAGGUGUCCUUUUGCGCUCAGUAGAAAUGCCUUAUUACAUCAGGACCUCUAGAAAUGUGUGUAAUUCCUUAUUCACUGUUAAAUGUUCAUAU